UCGGAGCCGCGCGGAGCCGUCCUCGGGCGCGUCCGGCGGACCAGGGGAGGCGGGCGGCGUUUCCGCGGCGCGGUGGUCCCUGAGGAGGGUCUCCGGACGCUCUUGGACGGAGGGGCUCCGGCCGAGCUGCGGCGGUUGCGGACCCCAGGGGACCGAGAACGGGGCCGCGCCCUGAGUAGCAGAAAGAGAAUGAAAGAAGUAGAUAACCUUGACAGUAUAAAAGAAGAAUGGGUUUGUGAAACAGGACCUCCUAACAAUCAACCCCUCAAUGGUAAUCAACAAAGGGACUGUGAAUAUUUUGUUGACAGCCUUUUUGAAGAAGCAGAGAAGGUUGGUGCCAAGUGCUUGUCCCCAACUGAACAGAAGAAACAGGUAGAUGUAAAUAUAAAAUUGUGGAAAAACGGAUUCACAGUCAAUGAUGACUUUAGAAGUUACUCUGAUGGUGCAAGUCAGCAGUUUCUGAACUCCAUCAAAAAGGGGGAAUUACCUUCAGAAUUACGGGGAAUUUUUGAUAAAGAAGAAGUGGAUGUUAAAGUUGAAGAUAAAAAAAAUGAAGUAUGUAUGUCUACUAAGCCUGUGUUCCAGCCCUUUUCAGGACAGGGUCACAGACUAGGAAGUGCUACACCAAAAAUCGUUUCUAAAGCAAAGAGUAUCGAAGUUGAAAAGAAAAGUACUUUGUCUGCUGUGUCACUGAACAACUUGGAGCCCAUCACCAGGAUCCAGAUCUGGUUGGCCAAUGGGGAAAGGACUGUCCAAAGAUUUAACAUUUCUCAUAGGGUGAGCCACAUCAAAGACUUCAUUGAAAAAUACCAAGGAUCUCAGAGAAGCCCCCCCUUUGCCCUGGCAACGGCUCUUCCUUUUCUCAGACUUCUGGAUGAGACGCUCACAUUGGAAGAAGCAGAUUUGCAGAAUGCUGUUAUCAUUCAGAGACUACAGAUAACUUCUGAACCUUUUAGAAAACUCUGACAGUUUGUUUGAGAGACUGAGAGAAAUGACGGUUGGAAGUAGACAUGCAGAUGUGGGAGACAGACGUCAGUUUAGCUUGGAGUUUGAGUGCUACUUAAUUCCUUAUGAGGGUGCUUAAAUAAUCACAAGUUCAAGUUAGGAGAGUAAUGUGUGGCUGGAAACCACAGUUAAUGCACUUUUCCCAAAGGCUACUCAGAAAAGAAUAUGUAUCUUCAAAUACUAGUUAAACAAUAUGAUAUAUUAAAUAGCUAUGUCAUUAAUCUUAAUGUGGUCUAAAUUAAGAGUAUUCACAGCAUUAGUAUUGAAACAUUUCCAAACAGCAGAUAAUUAAUAUAAAUGUUAGCUAUCUCAGUUUUUAAAUAGCAACAUAUUAAAAUAUUGUACAUGACAUGUUAAAAGCAUCGAUGUAAUUAUUAUAGUGCCUAACCAUCACAGCUUCUCAGUUUUCACUCUGUGAUGGCAAGAGAUAUUCAAAUAUUAAUUUGGCAUCAGUAUCCAAGAUGUAUAAUAUUUUUAGGAACGAAAUUGUGUAGUACAAUAUUAGUAUUAGGUGCCUACAUUUUUCUAUACCUUCUGUAUGUAAUUUUAAGGGCUGGGGAUGUAGUUCAAUGGUAGAAUAUUUGUCAAGCAUAUAUGAGACCUUAGGUUCAAUCAGACCCCAGCAAAAACAAAACAA